AUUUUACACAGACGGCAGUGCUUGCAUAAGCUUUCAGCAGUGUAAUGAUAUGUCAUUGUCUAAAACUAUUUUGUACCAUAUGUUGCUGCUGUAUCGGGGACCCUUACGACUUAAUUGACAGUAGUAGCAGGCUUAGUCGGUGAUUAAAGUCCAGUGAUGGAUCUGAAAGCUCUGUUGCAGCGUUUUGACGGAAGGUCCCGGCUGCUGGUUCACGCUCUGCAUUUAGGAGCAACCGGGACGAACAAUGCGCAGACGGUUUUCAAUAAACAGCGCAGAUGUGAUCCAGAUUUCACCCUCACUCCGUUUUUAGAGACUCUGUGCCAGCAGGAAGCAUAUGUGCGCGAGGACGCUCUCGUUCUGAAACCUUUGGUGUGCUUGUUUUCUGAAGACUUUCAGCGAAAUCUGCUGUGCUUUCUGCAUCUGAUUCACCCUGGACUGCCCAAAGACAGUGUUCUCCACCUGCUUCAAUGUCUGACUCAGGAUGACAGAGGAAAUCAGUGGGUUUGUGCCUUAAUCAAGCAGCUCCAAAGAGAUAUUGAGGGCACUAGGAAAGGGACCAUCCUCACCUCAAACUGUACAGAGACAUUAAAGAGUCUCUGUGCGAGAUUCAGAGAUGCUAAUGCGAAGGGAAGAUGGGCCUCUUGUUUUGAGGGGCUUAAAACAGAGGGUAAAGAGACCGACGUGUCAGUUUUAUAUCAGAAAAAAAGGAAAAGUGACAACAUGGAUCAUGAUGAAGUUCAGGAAGAUCAUCAAAGUAAAAGGGUAAAGAUGGAUUUCUCUCCAAGUAAAGAACAAGAGAGGUUGCCUGAAGAGGAGGAACAUAAAAUGAGAACAACACAGCAGAACCAGAGCGCUGCCUCUGUUUCACAGGCUCAUUCUGAUCUUUUGGGGUCUUCAAAAAACCUGCCAGACCACAUGAAGGCUGCCAUUCCUGUGAUUAAAGAAUUACUAGAUACAGAGUCAGAGUGGGAUGAGAGCUCUGUGUCUGCUCUGAAAGUAUUUCAUGAAUGUGACCCUGAUGAGGUGGAGCUAUUGUGUUCACUGCUGUGUUUGUCUGAAGCAUCUGAACAGAGUUUACCUCAGUUCUGUAGCUGCCUGUUGGAACUGUCCCCAGACCUCAGUCACAGCACUGCUUCUGCUGUGAUCACACACCUGCUGCUCCACAAGAUUGUGUCCCUUUCAGAACCUGCCUCUCGCUGUUUGGUAACAGCCGUAACAUCUCUUUGCACUCGUUACCCCAGGCCGACCUGUCAGGCUCUGAUAGAGCCAGUUUUACGGAAGGGACAAACUGGAAGCGCCCAGGCAGAGUUACUCUGUAGACUGGUAGUGGACUGCCUUGAGCCACAUCACAGGCUUCUUGUAUUUCGGACAAUACUUGGAGUGUCCUGGAAUGAGAGUGUGUUAUCAGUCAUCCAUGCAUUGCUAGAUUCAAAGCUUGAUCUGAGUGAGGAGGAUUUCUCUGUCUUCACCGACCAGCUUUGCAGCCAGUCUCCAUAUUUUAGCAAAUCUAUGAAGUUUGCCAAGAUGUUGCUGAGCGUCUUGACCAAAUAUCAGUCACAUGUAAAUCCUGCAUGCCACCACACACUUUCCAGCUGCUUGUCUUUCAAUGAAACCUUCCUCAAGAAAUCAUUGCAGGCUGCAUUAAAACGGAUUUCUCUUUGAAACAUUAUUCCCAUUUUAAAUGACACUUUAGAGUUUUGGUUGAUCUGUAUUAUUUUGUAAAUAUAUUUUGUAAAUGUAAUAAAAACGUAUACAUACUGCA